CGGAGAUAAAUAACAACCGCUAAAUAAAUCCGCGUCAGGACGACGUCCCAAAUACAUCAGUCACAGAUCGCCUCAGAUUACGAGUCCCCGGGAUGCAAGGCUGACAUGGCGGAGGGUUCGGCCGAGGAGGAACAGAGCAGUACUGCUGCGCCCGCUUCCCCGCCAGCUGAUCUUCGCACUCUGAACACCCAAUUGUCGUCGCCUUAUCACCACCAGCCCCAUCUCCAGCCUCGUCUUCAGCAUCUGCAGCAUUCCAACAUGCUGGCGACCGCCGUACCGCCCCGGCACAGCCUCAGUAUGCUGUCUCAUCAGGUGAAAGCGGAGGCAGAGCUGGACGCCCCCUGCGAUGUGCCAUUGAAUCUCAAGAGCGAGGACAGCGACAGGAGUAGCGCUGGAAGUCCCGAACCGGCGACAGGUGGUGCACUUCACGAACACCAAAUGAUGAUAGAUGAUAUAAAGAAUUCACGAAAGAGGCGACGGAGUCCGUCACCUGAAAAUCUUCAUCAAGCGAAACGUGCGGCGGUAGCACAAGCUCACUUAAAUGGAACGAUGGCCGGUAUGGUGACACUUCAAAAUCUUCAGAAUUUAGCGAAUUUGCAAAAUCUCCCACAAGUUGCGUCACUGGCUGCCGGUCUUCAAGGAAUGACAGCGGGAUUAACUAAUAAUCAGCUGAUCAAUACUCCGUUGAAUUUAACCGUCAGCUCGUCAGGCGGAACGGUACCAACAGCCUCGAGUACGACAGCAGCUCCCCACCUUUUGCCACCUAGCUCAGCCCCAAUGGCAACGUUACCUCAGCUAUUAUCUCAACCACAACCGGUCGCGAUGCCUCAAUUCAUCCUAACGUCCGGUCAAUUGGUUCAGGGCAUUCAAGGAGCUCAGCUUCUUAUCCCCACUUCGCAAGGUAUCGCUACCCAAACCAUUUUAACUAUACCAGUCAGUCACGUUACGAACAAUCAAAUGGUGAAUUUGGCGCUCAGUAAUGGACAAGUAGUUUCUACGACACUGGCGAAUCUCCAAUCUCUAGCUCAACCGCAAAAUAUGCUUAAUACGCCUACGAGCAAUGUUCCCACGAGCCCCAGCCUGGCAUCGGGAUUAGGGCUGAACCCUGCCGCUUUGCCGCAUCUUCUAAGCAAUAGUUCGGCGAGCCAACAACUUCUGAGCGCGAUGCAGCCACAGCAACUGCUUCAGGCUGCCCAGGCGGCACAAGCGCAAGCAGCGCAGGCUGUACAGGCCGUUCAGGCUUCUCAGCAACCGCUUUUAACGACAUCGCCUCAACAGCACAGCCACCGACACACCUCGCAUAUAAAUCAUUACACACCGACGGAAAAACAUCACAGGGACAGACCGGAGCAGUCGUCGCCACUGAAUGAAUCCGUGGUGUCCGCUGCAUCCGCUUUGAACAGAUUGGCUGCUAGCAACGGCGAGAUUACUAUCACGACGACGCACGGACCUGGCGGAGUCGGGGUAAAGGCUUCUCCGAGCAGUAUGCACAGUCCAAUAAAGGACGACGAAGAUGAUCUCUUGAACGAUUCACCGAAUCAACCAACGAUCAAUGAGGCCACUAAUAACGUAGUCGAUGGGAUCAAUUUGGAUGAGAUCAAGGAAUUCGCCAAGGUCUUCAAGCUGCGCAGACUGUCUCUGGGUCUGACACAGACCCAAGUUGGUCAGGCUCUGAGCGUCACUGAGGGCCCCGCAUACAGCCAAAGUGCCAUAUGCAGUGCCCUGGCUACCCAGAUGUACGCUGCCUCGCAGAUUGCCUCUCAGCAGCAAGCUACAUUCGAAAAGCUGGACAUUACGCCGAAAAGCGCGCAGAAAAUUAAGCCCGUUCUCGAGAGGUGGAUGAAGGAGGCAGAAGAGAGGUACAAGAGCGGUGUUAAUCAUCUGACGGACUUCAUCGGGGUUGAACCGAGCAAGAAGCGAAAACGGCGGACUUCCUUCACGCCUCAGGCUUUGGAAUUGCUGAACGCACAUUUUGACAGGAAUACUCAUCCUACUGGUAACGAAAUCACGACUUUAGCGCAUCGAUUAGGAUACGAUAGGGAGGUGAUAAGAAUCUGGUUUUGCAACAAGAGACAAGCUCUGAAGAAUACGGUACGGAUGAUGUCGAAAGGCGUUGUAUAGGGAAGGAUUACAUCUACCGAUCAAUCGGGCAAUAUAUGAGAAAAGCUUCAAACUACGAACGAUGAAGAACACGUUUCGUAAAAUUUUCCAAUAUCGCGUUUUCCUCUAGCAUAAAUAAACAGUUCUAACGCGAGAACAACUUUCCGUAGUUACGGAAAGUUAGAAGUAAGAAAAAAAAAAAACGUUUAUUAAAGAAAGCCACAUUUAUCAAAUUCGCUCCAGUACGGAAAGAUCGUUCUAGAUCGAAGCGAAGUCCUUCGAAUAUUGUGAUCGCAGGUGUAUACGACAUCUAUAUAUGUAAAUAGCUUUAAUCUACGAAUAUGUGAUGUAUACAUGAGUCGAAUAUCGAAAAUUGAUAAUCUGAAAUCGUUGUCUCUCAUUUGGUACCAAUCCGUCGCGCGCUUCCAAUUUUCAUAGAUAUAUAUUCACCGGAAAACACUAACUGAUCCAGUUUCGAAUCUCGAACAGACUAUCGGCAAUUGGUAAGCAUUAACAAACCGAUGAACGUAAAUGUCUCGAUGAUCAAAAUUACAUGAACAGUUUGUCGCAAACAACUGUAGAAAAAUCGCUUCUAGGCUUUUCUAAUUAAUUACAGUUGCUUGAUUGCAAUAUUUAUCGGGACAUGUACGUUUUUUGGAAUAUAAUCUAUCAAAACCGGGCGGAAAGAUAUGUAAAUCCUCGCACGAAUAAUAAUUAAUAAAAAUUUAGCUACCUUUAAAGUGGUUACUUACAAGAAUGUUAGUACAUAAGCGGCGAACGUUUAAACAACUACGUACACUUGAUUCCUAAUUAACUGGCGGAACAAUCGAAAAUGCACUCAAAAGGGAAACUUUAGAAGGAUGGUGAUCAUCCGCGUGCAACAAAAAUUAUGACUGUAUCCUGCGAUCGAGGGAUUCUGAGAUAUCAUUGUCGCUCGUUGAUUGCGCAAAUAAAAUAUCGCUUAAAAAACAAA